AUAUUUAAAAUACUAACAAAACCAACACAUAUCAAUUUUCAGUAAGUUUUUAACAUGUUUUCACAUGUUACAUUCAUAUGCUGAGUGAGAUUCGAUCCGGAUGUUGGGGAUAAAAUUGGAUAUGAAUUCAUGAGAUAAAGGAAAUUCAUACUGAAUUUGUAUGCAUUUUUAGUUUAUUUUAAAUUUUUUCAUAUUAAUUUUUUCACAGUUUUUCGUGCUUAUUUGCACAGAUUGUCCUGGAUUCCACUGAUUUUGCAACGCUAACAUACCCUAUUUACACCACAUAUCAAUUUCAACUGGUUUUUUACACUUAAAAUUACUCUCAAUUCCACUCAGUUAAUUUUUCAACAAUUUCAGUUAAUUUUUUGCAAUUUUCGGUUUUUUUAAUUUUUUAUCAAUUUCCUCUAAAAUUUUCAUAAUUUCUCUCACGCAUUUUAACAUUUUUCAAAUUUUUAAAUUUUUUAUUGAAAAGGAUUUUGGUGUUAUGAAAUGAAUAGUGAUCAGGCAGGUGUUGAUUUAUUAUUGAAUAAUAAUCCCUUUAAAUCGCAGUCGAAGGCGGCGAUAGAGUUAAAUGAGACUAGAAACUUGGCGUUACAGGAGCGUUGCAUAGAUUUAACCACUUCCACAGCUUUAAAUGUUUUGGAUGGCACUUUUGGACUAAGGGAAAUUCUUUUUUCCUGCUCAGAAUCCAAGAAUUCCAUGGUUUCUGACGUUGAUCCUCAGCUUAUUCUCAAAUUAUUUUUCAGAGAACCCGUUUGCAUUGAUUACUUAAUUCUAAGAGCUAAUUCUAAACCAGAGAACCUGGACGCAAGUCCUCCUAAAACUCUACAGAUUUAUAGUAAUAGACCUGAGUUUGACUUCAGUGAGUCUGAUAGUAUAGAUCCAGACCAGGUUGUGGAUUUGGCUGAGUCAGACUCUGAGACUCGUGUUAAGCUCAAGGGCACAAAGUUUACACAUGUGAAGAGUCUUCAGAUUUUCAUAGUUGAUAACUCACAAGACACUGAUCAAACAUUUUUAAAUGAACUAGUCGUUUGGGGAAAAGUACACCCAAAUUAUAAAUCUGACUUUUAAAUUUUCA